GCAAUGUUUACCCAAUUUUGUGAUCAAAUAUUUUGCCACAAAAAUAGUUAAAAAGAUUGACUCAAUGGUCGCGAAGUGAUUGUCUUUCGGCCGACAAUCUUGUUGUCAAACUCGUGAGGAAUGAAUCCGUCGCGAGAUAUUAAAGACAUUAAAUAUGGCCACGACUUGAACGCCGGCCCGUCUUCGGUGUCGUCCGCGUCCUCGACGGCCAACUCUUCAACCAAUCCAUUGAAUGAGCGAAAGAUUUGGUUGUUUUCGCUGAAGAACUUGAGGCCGGAAGAGGUGCCACCGGAGGAUCAGUUGGGAAAAUGCCGUUUAGUCACAGAGUUUGAGAAACUGAAUCGCAUCGGAGAGGGAACCUAUGGUAUUGUCUACAGAGCCCGAGACACGCGGACGGACGAGAUCGUGGCCCUGAAGCGCAUGCGUAUGGACCGCGAGAGGGAAGGGCUGCCCAUCAGUGGUCUCCGAGAGAUCAAUCUAUUG